CCCUUGGUGUUGUAUGUCACUUCUCUAUGCUAUUUUAGGUAUGUUGAAAUGCCGAAGGAAUACUAUGUUGUUUUCAAUGGCCGUAAUAUUGGCAUAUACAAUAAUUGGCCUCAAACUGAAGUUCAAGUAAGUGGUUUUAGUAAGGCUAAUUACAAAGGAUAUAACAAUUGGGAAGCCGCAAAACAGACGUACUUGAAAUUUUUCAAUAUGAAGGAGUUGCCAACGACAAUUCAUUUACCUACACGAUUUCCUCCCAAUAAUAAACAUGUGAAGCAGGACGAUGAUUGUCCCAGUGGUUGUAGCCGUAUAAUUAGAGAUCCGGAAAUGGAGUUGGAACAAACCCGAUUUGAGCUGGAACAAACUCGAAGGGAGCUGGAACAUAGCCAAUGUUCGCAUCGAUUGACUAUACAAGAAUUGGAACAUACUCAAGGUUCGCUUCAAUUGACUAUACGGGAGCUACUGAAUGCAAGGGAGGUGAAUGACAACUUCCGAGAUAUGAUUAGUGGCUUCAGGAAUGUUAACAUCGAUUAGAAAUGCUUCUUGCAUUAUUGUUUUGUGGAAGAUGUAGCUUGAACUUAUAGGACGUGAAAAAGAUGUUAGUAUUUGCAUUUAUGCCUUUGUAAUCACUCAAAAGUACAUGCUACCUUGUUUCUGGAGAUUUAGAGCUUCUUAAUGAAUGUUACUAAGUAAAUG